AUGUCAGAAAACAAUUUUAGCUUGGAUUCAUCAUUAUCUGCUGAUUUUUUCAAUAUCCAGCUGAAUGAUUAUGACUUCUAUAUGACAAAACCGACGGUGCUAGACAAGUCACAUGGCAUAAGUCUACCAUUGCAUCAAUUCAACCAAGUCCCUGUUAUACGCAUAUAUGGUAAUCUGCCUACUGGACAUCAAGUAUUGUGUCAUGUUCAUGGUGUUACGCCCUAUAUAUUUGUUGAAUACGAUGGCAAGUUGACAGAUUCUUCAGUGGUAUUAAACCAAAAAUGCACUCAAUUACAUACCCAGUUAGAACAAAUAGUGUUUGAUUCAAUGAAAAAUAAUAAUAAAAAGACAACAGGCAUGAGUUUGGAUUACAUUUCCAACGUUUCUGUUGUCAAAGCGGUUCCAUUUUACGGGUUCCACGUUGGUUGGCAACUAUUCUACAAAAUAUCAAUAUUAAAUCCAUCAUUUGUUAAUAGGAUUGCAGAUAUUAUAAGAGAUGGGAAGUUAUUAAUUAAGAAAGAUGAAGUUUUUGAAGCUCAUAUACCAUAUCUUUUGCAAUUUUCUGCUGAUUAUAAUUUAUUCGGAUGUGAUUGGAUUAAACUUAAGAAAUGUCAUUUUAGGAAGCCUCUUUUAAAUCCAAUACUUGAUAUUGAUAGGUUAACUUUCAAUCUGGAAUUGAAAACCAUUUUAGAGAGAUUUUGCAAUCAAGGAGAAAAUGCUGUUUUAUUGGAUAAAGGGUUUCAAAGAAUUGGAAAUGGCCUCUUAGAAAUUGAUAUAUUACCGCAGUACAUCUACAAUAGGGAGGAGUUACAAUACAGAGAUUUACACCAUAAUUUUGUUGAAAAGUUAGAAGACGUCACGUCGAUCUUGCAAGGACCAUAUGUAAGUUCUACCAGAAAAAUGGUGAAGGAAACCAUAAAUCAACGUCAGUUAUUUUCUUUACCAGAAUAUCGCCCUAUAAAAGAGACUGAGCGUUUGCAUAUCAAUACAGAAUGGCAAUCAAGUGAUAUAUUUAGAAAGUUUUAUGAAUCAGCGAAGAAUAAUCAAAUAUCAAUGGAUGGUAAGUACCCUACUUUUGAAACAUUCGUAGAGAAUAUUCCAACUCUUGAAAAACUCCCUCGACCAUUUGAAGCUUUGGAUGAACUUUGGCCAACAAUCCCAACUAAAAUAACAGGUGCAGCAGAAGGUGAAAUCGAUAAAUCAAAUUUGGAACUUAUUGAUACUUCGUUUGAAGCUUAUAGUCUGCUCGAUCUUACAGAUGAUGAUGCUAAUAACGUAACUACAACAUCAUCACCUCGAAAGCCAGAAAAGGCUAAUGUUGAGAAGAUCCACGAUAAUAAACUACCUGAUGAUUUAUCUUCAAAUUCUUCAGAAAAUGCCGGUACAUCAAUGGACUUUAAGUUGACACAAUCAAUGGCAAAGAAAAGAACCCAUAAAAUAAAAUUCAAUCAGAUUCUGAAUAUAGAAGGCUUUAAAGAUCAUCCCUUGAGAAGUGGAGUGGGGGUAAAUGCUAACAAAAGAUUACAAAGAAACAUCCAAGGCAUUCCAUUUGGUUCAAAUGCGUAUUCUUUCAAGAAAUUCAACCUGGAUUUUGAGGAGUUAGAAGCUGAUUUAAUGUUUAAUGGCUUUCCGCGUAUAGAUUACUCUGAUCCAUUUUAUUCUAAUCCGAUUGAUUUGAAUACGAAACCGUAUAUAUAUGCUGGUAGAAGAUUUCGAAUAAACUCAACUCAUUUAAGUAACCGCCAUCCCCUACCAUUCCAAGAUGAAUACAGUAUCUUAGAACACCUACCUAAAUCCCAUUUGUUUUCUAUAUGGAAAUAUUCUAAGAAACCACCUACUUUUCAAGAAGUGGGAAAUAUAAGUACAGUGAAAAAUACUUCUAACAGAAGCACCAAAUCGCAAAUUGAAGGAGCAACUCCAAAGCAUAAAUAUUAUUUUAGUGAUCCGUCCAUUAGAAAGAAAAAAGGAAGUAAAAUAUAUGACUCUCUAACACAUUUAUCUUUGGAAACACAUAUUAACACGAGAGGUGAUAAACGACCAGAUCCAAAAAAAGAUGAAGUUACCAUGAUAACAUGGUGUAUAGAAGAUGAAAGUUUCCCAUUCGAUUUAAACAUGGAAACCGAGGGUAUAAUGGUUGUUUUAACGGAUUUAACAGAUACAUUGAAACAACGAAAAUUUGAACAGGCUGCGAGAAAUACGUCAGUUGCAUUCUAUGAAACGGAAUUCGAUAUGUUUGAGGCUUUAACAGAUUUAAUACUAUUAUGUGAUCCAGAUAUAAUAUCAGGUUUUGAAGUGCAUAUGUCGUCUUGGGGAUAUAUUAUAGAGCGGUGCAACAUCAUCCAUAAAUUCGAUAUACUUGAAGAAAUUUCUAGAGUUCAUAGUCGAUGGAAAAAAAAAUCAAAAGAUAUUUGGGGUUACACACAUUCGUCGGGUAUCUCAGUCACAGGCCGACAUGUCAUAAAUAUUUGGAGAGCUCUUCGCUCUGAAAUGAACCUAACCCAAUAUACAAUUGAAAAUAUUACUUAUAAUGUUUUGAGGGAAAGGUUGCCUCAUUUUUCCUAUCAGUCAUUGACUGAUAUGUGGAAUGACAAUUGUAGUAUAUCCAAUUUAAAAACGGUAAUUAAUUAUUGGCUUCUUCGAACCCGAUUAAACAUCAAGUUAUUACAGAAGCAAGAAUUUAUACCCAAAACUAUCGAGCAAGCUAGACUUAUUGGGAUCGAUUUUAAUUCUGUAUCUUAUAGAGGAUCUCAAUAUAAAGUUGAAUCAUUUUUAAUACGGAUCUGUAAGUCAGAGAGCUUCUUGCUUUUGGCGCCGGGAAAAAAACAAGUUAGAAAACAAAAGGCAUUGGAAUGUGUUCCCUUAGUUAUGGAGCCUGAAUCUUCAUUCUACAAGAGCCCAUUGGUGGUUCUAGAUUUCCAAUCAUUAUAUCCAUCAAUAAUAACCGCAUAUAAUUAUUGCUAUUCCACGAUGCUUGGGAGGGUUCGAGAGCUGAAGACAUUUGGAAAUGAAAUUGGUGUGACAAAUAUCAACAUCGAAAAGAAUCUAUUGCGACUUUUGGAGAAUGAUGUUACAAUUGCACCGAAUGGUAUGGUUUAUUUGAAACCUUCAGUUCGUAAAUCAACAUUAGCAAAAAUGCUAACGGAGAUUUUAGAUAUUAGAGUGAUGGUAAAGAAGACGAUGUCUGAUUUGUCACAAGAUAACAAUAAAAUGAAGAAGCUUUUAAAUAAUAAACAGCUUGCCUUAAAACUGUUGGCUAACGUUACUUAUGGCUAUACAUCAGCAUCUUUUUCUGGAAGAAUGCCAUGCUCCGAUUUAGCAGAUAGCGUCGUGCAGACAGGAAGAGAAACAUUGGAAAAGGCCAUUAAAUUGAUUGAGGCCAAUGAAAAAUGGAGUGCAAAGGUUGUUUACGGAGAUACAGAUAGUUUAUUUGUUUAUCUUCCAGGAAGAACCAAGGAUGAAGCUUUCCUGAUUGGAGGUGAGAUGGCGAAGGCGGUUACUGAUGCAAAUCCAGCGCCUGUUUUCCUGAAGUUCGAAAAGGUUUAUCACCCAUCAAUUUUAAUCAGUAAAAAGAGAUAUGUUGGAUAUUCGUAUGAAAGCUCGAAUCAAGUCAAUCCUUCCUUUGAUGCAAAGGGAAUAGAGACAGUGCGCAGAGAUGGGCAUCCAGCUCAGCAAAAAAUCACCGAAAAAGCUCUAAAAAUACUAUUUGACACCAAAGAUUUGUCGCACGUUAAAAACUAUGUGCAGGAUCAAUUUACCAAAAUUCAAGAGGGAAGGGUAUCAAUUCAAGAUUUUUGUUUUGCCAAAGAAGUCAAACUUGGGACAUAUAAGAGUGACAAGACUGCUCCAGCAGGUGCAAUAGUAGCGACAAAGAUGAUGGAAAGAGAUCCCAGAGCUCGUGCACAAUACAGAGAGCGUGUACCAUAUCUUGUUAUCAAAGGGAAAUCGGGACAAAUCCUAAGAGAAAGAAGUAUUUCACCGUGGGAAUUCCUACAACGUCCAGAUCUUGAAUUAGAUUCUGAGUAUUAUAUAACAAAGACAUUGGUACCUCCUCUAUCUCGGCUCUUCAACUUAAUAGGUAUUGACGUUUUUGAAUGGGCUACUGAACUUAGUAAGUACAAAAAGGGACAUUCUACUGUGAAUAGUAAUGAACUCGAAAAACUUGGAGCAUCUAUUUUAUGUGUCAAUUGCGGCGCCGAAUUAACCAGAGGAGGUAAUGAUUCAUUAUGUGAUAAUUGUCAACAAAAUAAAUUGAAUACGGCAUCGACACUUCUUUGUAAUAUCCUAGAGCGCCAGGAUGACUUAAAGAAGUUAGAGCUAAUUUGUCGAACAUGUUCAUACAGGUAUAAUCAGGAUGCAGGGAUGAUUGGACAUGAUAUUGCAAAUCGUUGUGAAUCCUAUGACUGUCCUAUAUAUUUUUCACGUAUUAAGGCAAGGAAGUAUCUUCAAGGUAAUAUUACUCGACGGAAAGAGGAAGCUUUAGAAAAUCUUGAUACCUGGUAA